AUGGCAAGCAUUCAGGAAAGUCCUCCGGCGCGUGCGCCUCGAGGAGGUGUCAACUUCACCGUCGUCCCGGCUAUCGAUAGCAUUGACAGCGAGCUAGGCCUCUUAAGCAUGUCUUACGCCGACAUGUCCACCCUGUGCAGGCUCCCCAUGCCUUUGCGCAAAUUCGCGCAGCUCUGGGAGGACGGCGGCCGUCUCGAAUUCGGCGAAUACCAGCCUCGCUAUGCAAAGAUCGGUGCCGACAGGAAGAAGUACGGCACCCACUUCGGAGCUUGCGUCGACCUCCAGACCUCGUUGGAGAAUUUCGAGGAUGACAUCCACAAGGCCAUCGAAAUUGUGCCCGAAUACAUAUACUUGAUCCAUUUCAUGUACAGCAAUUGGCAACUUUACCAGCUUCAGCAAGGAACUGCGCUCAAAUACCACCCGAUCCUGCCAUACUGGGUUUCUACGGUGUUGCGGUGGGAUGACAAGGCCGGGUUUGGGCUGAGCUUGGAGACGGGAAUCACCAAGGCUCCUCCAAAGUCCGUCCGGAUCAGGGUGGCCCGGUAUAUCAAGCAUAUACUCACGGUGCUCCAACGGUCUGUCAAUGAUCCGACCGCAAUGGUCCUGCCGCCUGCUCAUCCGCGCAUUCGGGAGGGAAAAGACGACCUCACGCCCAACUUUGACAUCUCGUACUUCGUCAAUGUCCUGGACGAACAAGGUGUGCCUUGGAGGAGCUGGUAUGAGAGGAUGCUGCCAGAUGCUGCGAUCAGUCUUAACCUGGCGAACGCCUAUCCCUCGGCCGAAUACUACAGAUUCCACCUGACGCACCUUGACAAUGAGAGCAUCCUCGCAGCGGCAAAGGACAACCCUCUUAUGGCAGAGCUGGACAGCGCUCAACAAGAUUCUCAAGACACGAUUGGACUACUAGAAGACGGCUCUGUGGUCUCGCCCGACGCUUCGUUUCCAACUUCCGCCCCGCCCCGCAAAGAAAUCGAUAAUGCAGGCGAAAUCACCCAACUCGCGCGCCACGACAGCAUGCAAGCGCAGCAAAUCCUCGUCAACCUCCCCAUCGACGUCAAAUCCAUGGAAAUCAUCAACACGAUCCUCGCCGCUCAAGCCACCAACAACGCCACUGUCCCGCCUCUGGACAAAACCGUCAUCGCGUCCGGCUACAUCCAGCACGGCCUCCGCUCGCUCGAGCGCACCCCCUCCGACGCGACCAGUCCCUUGGAGCCAUACUCCCCGGCCGACGACCCCGCUGAGAAAGCCCGCAAGGUCCGCUUGCUGGUCUUAUUCCUGAAGAACUUGGUCAAGCGCAACCUUGUCCCGCCUGGUGAUUUGAAUCUUGAUAUGCAGGAGAUUUGCGUGCGCUAUGCUGCUAUCAAGGAGGUGCGCGAUUUCCGUCACUGGCUAGAGACGGGCGAGGAGUAG